AGCUCACAAGUGCUUGAUCGACGUUCGCCAUGACCGCCGCCUUCCCCAACGCGAGCCCUAGCUCCUCCCACGUUCGCAAGUUCCAGGCGGUCCCGGAGACCAUCUCCACGGGCGACGACGGCGCCGGCUUCCGCCUCGGCUGCAUCAUCGGCACCGGCGCCUUCGGCGAGAUCCACCACGGCACCAAUGUCAAGACCACAGAGGAGGUCGCGAUCAAGCUCGAACAUGUCAAGGCACGGUUUCCUCUGCUGCUCUUCGAGGCCCAGAUAUACAGGAAGCUUCAGGGACACACUGGACUCCCAAAGGUCAGGUGGUUUGGUAUAGAAGGCGAUUACAGUGUUCUGGUCAUGGACUUGCUGGGCCCAAACCUCGGGGAUCUUUUCCAUUCCCGCGACAGGCAGCUGUCUCUGAAAACCGUUACGUACGUACUAAUCAAACUGGUCGAGCACGUCCAUUCCAAGUCCUACCUACACAGAGAUAUCAAGCCAGAGAAUUUUCUCAUGGGUCUUGCCAAAACUUCACAUCUGGUUCAUCUUAUAGAUUUUGGAUGUGCAAAGAAGUACAGGGAUACGUCAACACGCAAUUGGCAGCACAUUCCAUCUAGAAACGACCUGAACUUGGUAGGGACACCAAGGUAUGCAAGCAUAAACAACCAUCUUGGUAUUGAACAAAGCCGGAGGGAUGACCUGGAAUCUAUUGGAUAUGUGCUGUUGUACUUGCUACGAGGAAGCCUUCCAUGGCAGGAUCUAGAAGCUGGGAACCAGAGACAGACUCAUGAGGCAAUCAAGGAUAUGAAAGUUUCUACUUCACCUGAGGACCUUUGCGGCACGCAUCCUACUGAAUUUGCAACUUACCUCAAUUACUGCCGCUCACUGGGAUUCGAAGAUGAGCCUGACUAUCUCUAUCUUAGGAGAAUCUUCAGGGACCUUUUUAUUCUUAAAGGGUUUCAGUAUGAUCAUAUCUAUGACUGGGUGAUUCCUCGGCACUUACGAUGAUCACUUGAACAAGUACGGAGUACUAAGUUUCGGCAGGAGACUAAGUGUAGCAAAAACAAAUUCUCCUUAAUUGGCAGAUUAAGUUAGGAGUGGUCUCAUAUUUCAUCUAUUUUGUGAUCCACCCAUGGGCUCUAUGGUUGUCACAAUUUACUUUUUGUUAUGGAUUCUGUUGUUACGCCU